AUGGGAAGUGGCGACCUUCUUCUAGAAGUCCGUGACCAUCACCAGUACAACAAGCUGUCAAAACUCGUGGCGUUUGGGGACAUUCCUGUCUCCGUAGGCCCACACAGAUCAAUGAACACUGUCCGCGGCGUCAUCGCUGAUAUGACAUGCUUGAACUUUGUGAGAGUGAACGGUUGGAAGAAUGGAGCAGCAAGUGCUGCUCCGCCCCCAGCUAAGAAGAGUCAGCAGACCUCCGGGCCUGCCGAUCCAAGGGCCGCUGCCCGUGCAGACCGGCCCGAAAAACCCCAGAGUGUGCUCGCCGAGUGGGCAUCAUCCAGAGCCUCUGAAGAGGCGAUGGAUGCAACCAACACUCCUUCGGUGUCUCAGACGCCAAAGGAACGGCAAGCAGUUGUGCAGACAGAUUUAUCCGUGGACCACAUGAAGGCCGUGAGCAUCGAAAACUGCACUGUGUCAGAAGCUGGCACACAGACUGAGACAUCGAUGCAGUACCUUGAAGCACUUCAUCAAAAUAGCCAAACACUUUCCUCUGAGCUGCAGGCUCUUAAGAAGAAGAAACUUGAAUUUGGAGAAGAGGCGCUUCGUGACGAUGAUGGAAAAGUCAGCUUUUAUACAGGACUGCCAAGUUUUUCGGUCCUGGCUGCCAUGUACCAGCUGGUUGAGCCUGCUGUGAGGCACACUCCGCAGAAUGGCCUGGAAAUAUUUGAAGAGUUUUUGAUGAAACCGUUGAUAGUGUGGCCUUCACGAAAUGAGAUUAGAAAAACAAUGCCUCAGGCCUUCUUUGAUUCUUUUGGAGAAAAGGUGGCAGUUGUUAUUGACUGCUUUGAAAUCAAGCUCGAACGGCCAUCAUCGAUGUUGCCAAGAUGCGAGACUUGGUCUGAAUACAAAGGAAGUAACACAGCCAAAUACCUCAUAGGGAUCUGUCCACAAGGCGUAGUCUCAUUUGUCUGA